AUGGAUUCUACAUCUCUCUUACCAACAUUUUUAGAUGUGGAUCUGACAAUAUCACAUAUUGAAUGCCUUCCCAAGGAUAUUUUGGUGAAAUUUCAAGGCAUAAAUAAUAAUCAAUGUGAGUUUGACUACCACAUAUUGCAGAGGGAAAUACAACAUACUCCAAAAGUGAAAAAUAAUGUUGAAAUUGAUGAAUUUUGUUUGGUGGAAGAAAGAGUAUCAGGAGAAUGGCAGAGAGGAAGAGUCGUGGAAAAGAAAAAUGAACUCUAUACAGUGCUCCUCAUAGAUCGCGGAGAAGAACUAAGAGUUGCUGGUCCACAGAUUGCUUCAGCCUGUGGCAAUUUAUUUGAGCUACCGCCACGGGUGGUAUUUGGUAUUUUUGCCAACAUACUACCAGUUGGGGAAAAAUGGUCUCCUAAGGCUUUGAGUUAUUUCAAGUCAUUAGUAGGAAUACAAGUAAAAGGUUAUGUGCAAGCUAUUUUACCUCUGCAAAUGUUUCUUUUUGAAGUGCCAAAAAUUAUAUCUCAGGCCCUUGAGUUACAAUUAGGAAGACUUGUUGAUGGAGAUUCAUUUCGUCUUCUUGUGGAAAUGUCAAAAGAGUUCCCUCAACAAAUGCCAGAUUUAUUGCAACAUAAAAUACCUGAAUUGUCAUUAGACAAUAAAGGUACUUCACUUGAUAUUCAACAUGUUCUGGAUAAGUUGCAGCCAUCUUUGUCAGUAGGAAGUACUGAAAGUGUAAAGGUAUCAUCUGCAUUGAGCCCAAGUAAAUUUUAUUGCCAGUUAAUAAAAUGGACUCCAGAGCUAGAAAACUUGACAGCACAUAUGACUUUGCAUUAUGAUACUGUCUGUCAAGAUACCAGUCCCAUGUGUGAUAAUUUUGGAUUACUUUGUGUUGCCAAAAGGCAAAAUGGACAGUGGCAUAGGGGUAUUCUUCAGCAGCUCUUGUCCCCAGAUCAAGUAAAAAUUUGGUUUAUGGAUUAUGGGAGUAGUGAGGCUAUACCCUCAAUUUACGUAAAAAAACUUAAGCAGGAUUUUAUUUUAGUACCAUUAUUUUCAUUUCCAUGUUCUCUGACAUGUUUGCACAGUCCAGAUAGAGAUGCAAGAACAUUUCAACUGAGUAUAUUUAAACAGGCCUUGUUAGGUCAAGUGGUAUAUGCACACAUUGAUUGGUUCAAUAAGGAUGAUCAUUUGUAUUAUGUGACAUUACAAAGUCGAGAGUUUACAGUUAAUUCUAAGGGUCUACUGAAGACUGUAGGCACACAAGUAUUUUGUCCCAUGUCUGAUUCAAAAACCUCCAAUAUAUUGAGUGAGACAAAUGCAUGUGAUGUAAACAGCUUUGCAGUUGAGAGUUUUAUGGGAAAUAUUGAAUGGUCAAUAGACUCUCUAAAUGAAAAAGGCAUUUUAAAAGUAGGUUUUCCUGUUAAAACAGUAGAAAUGGAGAUAGAGGCCUCCUACGUAGCUUUUAUAGCAUAUGUAUUAAACCCAUCAAAUUUUUGGGUACGCACUAAUGACCAUCAGAAUGAAUUUCAAGAAAUAAUGAAAAAUAUAAACAAAUUUUAUGAUUUGUGUGAAAACGAUGAAAUGAUUCUAAGAAAACCUGAACCUGGAUUGUUUUGUUGUGCUAGAUAUAGCAAGGACAGACAUUUUUAUAGAGCUGUCAUCACUGAAAUUAAUGGUUAUAAGAUUAAUGUUUAUUUUUUGGAUUAUGGUAAUACUGAUUCCAUACCAUUUUUUGAUGUAAAAAUUUUGCUUCCAGAAUUUUGUGAGUUGCCUGCCUUAGCCAUGUGCUGUUCACUUGCACAUAUAUUUCCUGUUGAAGAUUUAUGGACUAAGGGUGCAAUUGAUUAUUUUAAAAAAUUAGUUUUGAACAAAGCAAUUUUGCUUCAGGUUAUAGCAAAAAAAGAUGACAAGUACAUCGUAAAUAUUCAAAGUGUUGAAGCCUCAGAAAAUACUGAUGUUAUCUCUCUUAUGUUACAAGCUGGAUAUGCAGAAUAUCGGCAAGUAGAACCAGAGUAUUUCCCAAAAUCUGUAAGUGAAUAUUCAAUGUUAAAUUCAAAAUCUAAAAACAAAGUUAGUAUUAAAAAAGUCAUAUCUGCCCUUCUUGAAAGACCUACAUCUAAAAAGUACCAUUCAAAUAACCUGACAGAAAAAAACUUGUCUUUGCCAAAGUCCCCAGCUGUUAAUUUCUCAGAUUUAAAAAAUCCUUUCACCUUGUCUGUGGCACCUGAGUCAUCCCUGCCUUAUAAAGAACAUAUUUUUAAGCCAGGAACAGUUCUUGAGGUUAAAUGUUCUUAUUAUUAUGGCCCAGGUGACUUUUCAUGCCAGCUCCAAUGUAAGUUAGAAGACCUAAAAUUACUAAUGGAGAAAAUUCAGAAUUAUUAUAGUAUUCAUUCUGAUCCUUACGAGAUUGGGCAGAUUGCUUGUGUUGCUAAGUAUUCUGGGAAGUGGUAUAGAGCUGCUGUUUUGACUCAACUGUCUAAAGAAGUUGACAUAGUAUUUGUUGACUAUGGUUACCAAGGAAGGGUUUUAAUUAAAGAUCUCUGUGCUAUUAACCCACGUUUUCUUUUGUUAGAAGCUCAAGCCUUCAGAUGUUGUCUUAACCAUUUAGUUGAACCUGUGAGUUAUAAAUUAUUUAGUUGGACAAGAGAAGCAUACAGAGACUUUCGGAAUUUUAUCUUUUCAUCUAGAGGAUCAUUGACUUGUAUCAUCUAUGCCUUAUUUCUUGUGUAUCCAAACCGUUUAUAUAACUUAGUAGAUUUACAAUCCUCAUUUACUAGUGCAAAAGAAUUUCUUAUUAAUAGUGGCUCUGCUCAGUACAUCACAUUAUCAGAGCCAUUUUCAUCUUUAGCUAGUCUUUACAGUUACUGUUAUUCUUCCUUUAAUAUAAAAAUUGGAAGUGAAGAAGAAGUGUAUAUAUCUCAUAUCUGUAGUCCCAAAAAGUUUUAUUGCCAACUUGGCAGAAAUGAUAAAGAUCUAGAGAUGAUAGAAACAAAAAUCGCAGAGAUUAUUAACCUCAAAAAUUGUCCAAAAUAUGAUUCUAAUAAGAUGAGAUUGUGCAUAUCUAAGUAUGUAGAGGAUGGUCUUUCAUACAGAGCUUUAGCAGUACCAACAGAUUCAUCAUCUGAGUUUCUAGUCUACUUUGUAGACUUUGGAAAUAAGCAAUUAGUAGGAGAAAGUAUGUUGAGAGCCAUUUCAGCUCAGUUUCCAGAGUUGUUGUUUACACCUAUGCAAGCUAUUAAGUGUUUUCUGUCAGAUCUUAGAGAUGUAGAUAUUCCAGCAGAAAUCAGUAGUUGGUUUAAAAACAAUUUCUUGGGAAAACCAUUAAAGGCAGUAAUAUUGUCCAAGGAGUCAGAUGGACAGCUUGGUAUAGAAUUGUAUGAUGGACCUCAGUUUAUAAAUGAGAAAAUUAAAAUGUUGCUUCAUGCUUAUGGAAAAAAACAUGGUGACCAAGCAUGCUUCAUGGAAAAGAGUGAUAAAAUAAAUGAGAAUAAGAGAUUUACUGCUUCUUUGAAAGGCAAAAAAGAAAACAACUAUCACCAUAAUAUGAUAAACAAAACUAGUCUCGUAACAUAUUCUGAAAGAAAAGUAGAUAAAUUGAUGCAUCCCAAAAGUAUAUAUGCCAGGUUUUUGAAACCAUCAGUUUGUUAUAAAAUAGAAUCUGUGCCAAAAAACAAAAUGAAGAAUUCUUUGAAUGAUGGACUUAAAGGUGUAAAAAUUGUCUCUGGAUCUGCACAUAUUCUUGAGAAAAGUGGCGUGGGCCAAAAAUCAAUGAAGGUUGUAUCACAGUCUUUUAUCAGAGAGUUAAGUCAAGUAGCCUUACAAAACCCAUAUGACCUUAUUAGGCCACAGAUCAAAGACCUUCCUCAACCCCAAAUUUAUUUGAAUGCCAAAGUUAAAGGGUAUGUAUCUAAUAUCAGUAAUCCAGCAAGUUUCCAUAUUCAGCUUGCUGAGAAUGAAAGUGUGAUUAUCAGACUUGCUGAUGCUCUAAAUGCAAGAGUAAAGAGAUUGAAAGAGAGAAAAUCAAUUAAACCUCUAGUGGGAGAUCUUGUCGUUGCAGAAUAUUCUGGUGACAAUUGUAUUUACAGAGCAGUUAUUAAGAAAAUUUUGCCAGGGAAUUCUUUUGAAGUAGAAUUUAUUGACUAUGGUAACUCUGCAAUAGUAAACACAUCUAAAAUGUAUGAACUUCAGAGGGAAUUUUUAACUGUUCCUCAGCUAGGAAUCCAUUCUUUUCUUAGUGGAGUAAAAUGGAAUGAGCCUGAUGAAAUAUGGGACAACAAAACUGUGGAUUAUUUUACUUCAAAAGUAAAUGAUAAAACAGUUUAUUGUGAAUUUUUGAAAAAGCAUGAUCAGAGAUGGGAAGUAAAUAUGAUCUGUGAUGAAAGAUGUGUCAUUAAUGAACUACUGAAAUGGAAAGCAUGUUCAAAACUACAGAAGUCAGCAUUGCAAAUACCUCAGGUUAUCUCUCAAAAGGUGAGACCAGGUGAUGAUAAUGAAAUGGAAAAUGGAAGAUCAAAUGAGUCUGAAGGUUCUAUGAGUUUGAACCAACAGCUGUUUAAAAUUCCUUUGGAAGAGUUCAAACCUGGACAGCUUGAAAAAGCUGAAAUGCUUCAUGUUUCAAAAAGUGGAAGAUUUUAUGUGACGUUAUCCAAAAAUAAAAAAAUUUUAUCAGAUUUAAUAGUAUUAAUUACUGAAGAAGAAAAAAAUUCUCCUUUUUUAUCAAUGGAAAGUAUUGAAAAAGGUUUAGAAUGCUUGGCAAAAUCUAAAAAUACCUUGAAGUGGCAUCGAUCAAAAGUAGAAGAAAAGUAUGUUGAUGAUAAAAUACUUGUUUUUUUAGUAGAUUGUGGUAUCUAUGAAACAGUGCCUGUAUGUAAUACCAAGCUACUUAGUAAUGAAAUAAGAAAUAUUCCUAGACAAGCCAUACCUUGUAAAUGGAUGUGGUUUGAAAAUUCUAAGAAUAUGUCAUUUGAGUGCUUAUUUGCUCAUUUGGAAAUAAAUAUCCUUUUCCUGAAAUAUUCAGAUGCUGUUUGGGAAGUAGAGAUUUUGGUAGAUGACCUGUUACUUUUGGAAUACUUAAAUCCAAAUUCAGUUCCUAUUGAAGAAAACAAACUUAGACCUGAAGAAAUUGUUUACAAUAUUGAAUCUAAGACUCCUAUAUCAUCAUGUGCAAUAAAAUCAUUUACUUGGGCACAAUUCCAAAAUGAUAGGCAGUAUUCUGGUAUUGCAACUUCUGUUUCUGAUCCAUCAGACUUCUAUAUUCAGUUAGAAGAUUCCUUUGAUAUAAUGAGAUAUCUUUUUAUGUUGCUUUCUGAUCUACCAGAGACCUUAGAAACGUUGCCUCAAAAGUUCAUAAUUCCUGGUUCUAGUUGUUUGUUCAAAUAUAAAUCAGAAGAUCAGUGGAAUAGAGCAGAAAUUUCUGAAGUCUCACAUCAGUCUUUACGUCUUUUGUUGAUUGACUAUGGAUUUUCUUUUUAUAUACAUUAUUCAGAAAUUACAAAUCUUAAAGUUGUUCCUGAGGAACUUUUGAAUUUGCCAAGGCUGAGUUAUCCAUGUAUUUUAUAUGGUGUCUUACCCACUAAAGGAAAACAUUGGAGUGAAGAUGCCAAAAGCUUUUUUCGAGAUUUCCUAAGCAAACCAGACUUAAUUUUUCAGUUUAGGGAAUAUAAUUCUGAAAGAAAAUGGAAAGUAGAUGUCAUUCAUGAGAAAAACAAUUUGGCAGACAUAUUAGUUGCAUCUGGUCUUGCAACUUAUUCUAAACAUUCAGCUCAUCUUCAUGCAAUUACUGCUACUGAAUCUACUAAAAUCCAAUAUAAAUUACAGAGUGAUCCUAUUUUCCCAUUGUUAAAUCAAAAUUGUUGCAAAAAACAAAAUGUAAAUUUUGCAUGCACUGAGAAACAGAAGUGUAAACAGAAAUCUAUAAAGAGGAAAGAUGUUGAUAAGAACCUCUUAAGGAAAAUCCAUGUUAGUAAAAGAUCACAUUCUAGAAAUUUGAGAAAGAAAGUUGGUAGUGGAAAACAUUUCCAGAGUACUAUUUUGUUUGAUACAUGUACAACAACUUCAUUUUGGGAACUGCCUGAUGGCUUGAAGAAUAACAGUUAUGUUGAAGACUUUUUUUUUGAAAAACUACCAGCUGAAGGAAUACAGGAAAAUAAGACAAUGAAUUUGAGAACAUCAGUAAAAACAUUGCAUAAUAAAGAAAAAAUUAUUUCAGAAGAAAAAGGGUAA